AUGGAUAACAACAGCAGUCCUGUUGUUCUCCCUACCUUCCUGCUCCUGCUGCAGAGCGAGAGCUACCCUGAGACCCCCAUCCCUCCUGCUGGCUAUGAGAUGACAGCAUCACCCACAGGACCCAGCUCAAGCAGGAACCACACUGUCUUGCUGUAUGACCUGCAGCGGGGGGAAAUUACAGCAGCCAGCAUGGUUUUGGGAGCGUUGUGGCUGGUGUCCCUCAUUGGAAACUCCCUCGUUUGCUUAGUGAUCCAUCGGAGCAGGAGGACACAAUCCACCACCAACUAUUUCGUUGUCUCCAUGGCUUGUGCAGACCUGCUCACCAGCGUCGCAAGUGUGCCCUUUGUGCUGCUUCAGUUCACCUAUGGCAGGUGGACACUGGGGAAUGUGAUGUGCAAGCUGGUAAGGUACAUCCAGUACCUCACCCCUGGAGUGCAGAUAUAUGUGCUCCUCUCUAUAUGUGUGGAUCGAUUCUACACCAUUGUCUACCCCCUGAGUUUCAAAGUGUCCAGGGAGAAAGCCAAGAAAAUGAUUCUGGCCUCUUGGCUCUUUGAGGCUGCAUUUGCAUCACCGGCUUUCUUUUUCUACAGCUCCAACAGUGACAACCACUGCAACUUUUUUCUCCCCAGUUCUUGGGAAGGAGUUACCUAUGGUGUCAUUCGCCUCUUGGUGGUGUUUCUGACCCCAUCUACCCUCAUCGUCUUCUUCUACCAGAGGGUCAUCAAGUACAUUUGGAGAAUAGGCACUGAUGGCAGGACUGUCAGGAGGACAACAAAUACUGUCCCAAGAACAAAAGUGAAAACCAUCAAAAUGUUCUUAAUGUUAAACUCGGUCUUUCUCCUCUCCUGGCUCCCUUUCUACAUGGUACAGCUGUGGCACCCACAGGAAAUCAACUACAGAAAGAGCUCCCUGGUUUUUCUGUCCAUCACCUGGAUCUCCUUCAGUUCUUCAGCCGCUAAGCCAACCAUCUACUCCGUGUAUAAUGCAAACUUCAGAAGAGGGAUGAAAGAAACAUUUUGCAUGUCUGCCAUGAAAUGUUACAGGAGCAACGCAUACACCAUCACCACCAGCUCCAGAAUAGCCAAAAAGAAUCACGUUGGGAUUGCAGACGUCCCAGCUCCGGCUAAAACUGUCACCAAAGAUGCCAUCUAUGAUGCUUUUAACAGAGAAGAAAAGGAAAAAAAGCUUGCCUGGCCUAUUCAGUCCAAUCCCCCCAAUACAUUUGUCUAG